AUCAUUGCAACACAGACAACAAUGUCGUUCAGAUGCAACGCUGCUUUCUCUCUUUUCUUACUUUCUAACCCUAAAUUCAUUCGUUCCUUCGCCUCAACAAGGCUAUAUUCUCAAAUAUUCCAUGAGGAAGAGAAAGACAAUCUUGUUUCUUCAUUCAAUCACUUGCUGCUCGGUCACAAUCCUACCCCUUCUAUCAUUGAAUUUAACAAGAUCUUAGGUUCACUUGUCAGGGCCAAACAUUACUCCACCGCUGUUUCUCUUCAUCGACAAUUGGAAUUAAAGACUGGAAUUGAAUCAAGCUUAGUCACUUUGAGCAUUUUGAUCAAUUGCUUUUCUCAAUUGGGUCAUAUCUCUCUUUCUUUUUCUGUUUUUGCCAACAUUCUCAAAAUGGGUUACCACCCAGAUGUCAUAACGCUCACUACACUCAUCAAGGGUCUCUGUCUCAAAGGUCACCUCCAUCUAGCAUUGCAAUUUCAUGACAACCUGCUAGCACAUGGAUAUCAUUUGAACCAAGUUAGUUAUGGAACCUUGAUCAAUGGUUUAUGCAAAGGAGGACAAACAACAUCAGCACUACAAUUGCUGAGACGAGUUGAUGGGAAGUUGGUUCAGCCUGAUGUGGUAAUGUACACUACAAUCAUUGAUAGUAUGUGUAAAGAUAAACUUGUUAACGAUGCUUUUGAUUUAUAUUCUGAAAUGUUAGCUAACAAAAUUUCUCCUACUGUUGUCACUUAUAAUACAUUGAUCUAUGGCUUUUGCAUUAUGGGUCAAUUGAAAGAUGCUAUUGGUUUGUUACACAAAAUGAUACUAGAAAACAUCAACCCUGAUGUGUAUACCUUUAAUACAUUGGUUGAUGCAUUUUGUAAGGAAGGAAAGUUGAAAGAAGCUAAAAAUGUGUUAGCUGCGAUGAUGAAAAAAAGCAUCAAGCCUGAUGUUUAUAGUUUUAACUCUUUAAUGGAUGGUUAUUGUUUGCUAAAUGAUGUACGCAAGGCCAAUGAUAUAUUCAACAGUAUGGCCCAAAUGGGAGUGACCUCUAAUGUUUAUAGUUACACCAUCAUGAUUAAUGGAUUUUGUAAGAUUAAAAUGGUUGAUAAAGCCAUGAAUCUCUUUCAAGAAAUGCAUCACAAAAAUAUAAUUCCUAAUACAAUAACCUACAGUUCUCUUAUUGAUGGUUUGUGCAAAUUUGGGAGAAUAUCAUAUGCUUUAAAGCUUGUCGAUGAGAUGCAUGAUAGGUGUCAACCACCUAAUAUAAUUACGUACAAUCCUAUAUUGGAUGCUUUCUGCAAAAAUAAUCAUCUCGACAAGGCGAUUGUUUUAUUAACCAAAAUUAAGGAGAAGGGUAUUCAACCAGAUAUGUUCUCAUAUAAUAUUCUUAUCAAUGGACUGUGCAAAGGUGGAAGACUAGAGGAUGCACAAAAAGUAUUUGAAGAUCUUUUGGUCAAAGGAUACACUCUAGACGUCUAUACUUAUAACACUAUGAUCAACGGGUUUUGCAACAAGAGCUUGUUUGAUGAAGCAUUGGCCAUGAUGUCUAAAAUGAAAGACAACGGUUGCAUUCCGGAUGCUAUUACUUAUGAAACACUUAUUCUUUCUCUCUUUAAAGAAAAUGAAAAUGACAAAGCAGAGAAACUUUUUACAGAAAUGAUUGCGAGAGGUCUACUGUAAUACCAAAACUAUGUAAGAUAGUUUUCUACUUAUACGUUGUUAUUAUUUUGAAUUUAUGUUUCAAAAUCAUUUCACCAUUUCAUUUAUGUUUCAAAAUCAUUUCACCAUUUCACUUAUGUAGCUGUUGCACCGAAUUGGAAAAUGAUUUUUGUUAUUGUUGUUUCUUUUGUUUAAUGUAUUUUUACUUCAAACGGAUAGAUUAGUGAGUUCGAAAUUGACGGAAAUUGGUAGAAUGUUAAAAUUAUUGUUAGACUUAAUUAAUAGACUGAUAUCAAUUUUGAAAAAUUACCGCUAUUGUCACCUCGCUUUACAUUAGAAUUGAUGUCAUUUACUAAUCUUAAUUUUCUCAGUUCUCACAUCCGGUAUACUUAUAGAUACAGAAAGCAAAAAAAAAUUCAAUCAGAGGCUGUCACAAAUCUUAGAAAAGUUCCUCAUCAAGACCUUUGUGAUCUACCUUGUCUUUAACCACUACUUUGUGAUCUUGGCUGUUCUAAUUUUUUGAGGUUUAAUUCAUGGGUUUUCAAUGCAAGUAAAAAUUCAGGUUUAAUUCAUGGGUUUUCAGUGCAGUUUCAUGAUUGAAUGUACUUAAGCUGUAGAUACUAUUUAGAAGUAAACUAGUGGUACUAGAGAGCUAGGAUGCAUGCAGAAUCUGCAGAAAAAUGUCUAGUUUUGAGUCCUAAUUUAUUGGUCAAUGACUAUAACUGAAUGUAUUAAGAGGUAGUUUAGUAGGAGAAUAGGUUGAUAUAUAUUGCAUACAACACGCACAAGCUUGGUAACAAAGGUCCUCCAGUACAGCUUGAUAAUCUACUUAUUAUGCAUUGCAGUGAAGUAUUGACUAUUGACUAUUGAAAGCUAGAAAGGUCUUAAAAUGAUCUAGAAUUUAAAAACAUGCAUUCCUGUAGGAAGCUUGAUUAUAUUUUCGGUAAAUUGCUGAUUUUGAUGUUUAAUUUGAAUCUUGAAAGGAAUUAUUUGGCAUGAUUUAAAUUUUGUUUAAAUGAAGUCUGUGUUUCGUUACAUGUGGUGUUAAGUCAUGCAUUCCUUGUGCUGAAAAUUGAAGAGCUUAAUGUUUGAUAGUCUGCUAAGAGAUAUGUAUGGAGACUACCCUCCAUAUGGACAUCAUUCUUUAGGGUGGACUUGGAUAUUAUACUAGGUAUACUAGCAAGUAUACUUUUAGAGGACAAUUGACUCUGCAUUUACUCACAUGUUCUUGCAGAUAGAGUCAUUUCGUAAAGCUCUAGGCUCUAUAUGUCUUUUGCUGAACAGGCGAGCACAACUUACCUAUCCAUAUACUUGUCAUAUACUUGGUGUUCAAAUGUGAUACUUCAUGAGUUUCAUAACUUCUAUUGUUGUUGAAUAUCUCACUUCAUGUUAUGAUAGAACAAGGAUUGCCUUACGGUAGGCAAGUGCUAAGUAUAGUGGGGAGGUUUCAGCAUGCUUGUUCUUAAUGCUGCUAAGUAUAGUGGGGAGGUUUCAGCAUGCUUGUUCUUAAUGCUUAUCGCCAAAUCCUAUUGACAUAUGUACUAUAUUGUGCUGUGAUUAGAAACUAAACAAUAUAGAUUGUCCUGUUUUCUAAAUAUACCUUUCAAGUUCUAACUAUUAACUAGUAUUUUGUAAGUUUUUACCAUUAACCAUAAUGUUAAACUCUAUGACCAAUUCAUCUUGAUUCUUGAAACCCCAUUUUUGCUGUCAAGUUUGUCGCUGAAAAUUUGUGUUUAAGCCGGCUUGGUCAAAUAUCGGCUAUUGCUGCCUAUAGCAAAACAUAAUUAGAACAAAUCGCAACUGUUCCACAAUAAGCUAUUUAGUACAACGUAUUGUUAAAUAGAUUCUGGUAGCAGAAUUUAAACUGACUGCCAUUUUUUCUCGACCCGCAAUUGACUUUGAUUUGAAGACUAAUUUUAUGAUCGUAAAUAAGUUUCAAGGAUCACUUUGAUUUGUGCUAGUAUUCAAUUUUAAGACC